CUGUCCCUCUCAUCUUCCUCCAACUUAAGAAUGGUAUGCGAAACGCGGCCGGUCGCAAUAGUGUAGAUAAAGUGAAUUCAAAAGCUGCACUCAAGUCCACGGGGACCUGAAAAUCUCAGAGGGUACAUUUCCUGGAAUGCUGGAUACUGAGUCCCCUGCCAUGGAGAGCAAUGGGGAUGCCUUUCUUCCAGACCUUCCUGUCGUAGGCCAAGCGACUGACUGGUCAGUAGACCAGGUUGCUCCAGAGCCUCUCUCCAAUGUCUUGCCUGAGGAUUCAGAUGUGUCUCAGGAUGCCAUGGGACAAGAGCAACAACCGGGUCAGCAAAUGAAUUCCACAGAUCUGGGAUCUGUGGAGAAGGCUGUGGAACAAUUUCAACUUGCCAAUGCUCAGCUCUUCCAAGAACACCCACCUCCACCACCGCCACCUCCUCCCCCUCCACAGCCCACAGAAGAUGCACAGCAAGCAACAGAACCUGUAGGGUCUGAGCCUUGCAGCCAGGACAUGAAUAUUGAGUCUGAAUCCAUUGGACAGACUGACAGUCAAGAUGGGACAGAGGCUACACAGGUGGCAGAGGAUGGCAUGGAGCUAGAAGACCCAUCCAAAGAAACAACAGAAGAAGCAGCUGUUCCUACAGAUCCUGAACUGCCCUCAGAGUUUGAAAAGCUUUUUAAGGGAGUUGAGGAAAACCCAGAAGAUUUCAAUGCGUGGGUCUAUCUGCUGCAGUAUGUAGAACAAGAGAAUGUCCUUACAGCAGUGAGGAAGGCAUUUGAUGUGUUUUUCCUACGUUACCCCUACUGCUAUGGCUACUGGAAGAAGUAUGCAGAUAUUGAGAAAAAGCAUGGCAAUGUACAAGUUGCAGAAGAAGUGUACAGAAGAGGUUUGCAGGUCAUCCCUCUCAGUGUCGACCUGUGGAUCCACUAUUUGACCUUCAUCAAAGAGAAUUCUGAUCCUAAUGACCCAGAGACUGAGGGGCGCAUUCGAGCCUCCUAUGAGCAUGCAGUGCUUGCAGCAGGCACUGACUUUCGCUCAGACCGUUUGUGGGAAUCCUUCAUAAACUGGGAGACAGAGCAGCAGAAGUUGGGUAACGUCACCGCCAUCUAUGACCGCAUCUUGGGCAUUCCAACCCAGCUGUAUUCCCAGCACUUCCAGAGGUUCAAAGACCAUGUGCAGACUAAUCACCCCAGGCACUUCUUGUCAGAAGAGGAGUUUGUCCAGCUAAGGCUCGAGCUCUCUAAAGCCAGCCUGUCGGGAAUGGUUGGUGACAGUGGAGAGUCACAAGUUGCUCAGGAGGAGCUUCCACCUGGUACAGAGGAUCUUGCGGAUCCUGCUAAGAGAGUGACGGAGAUUGAGAACAUGCGCCACAAGGUGAUUGAGGUGCGGCAGGAAGUUUUCAACCACAAUGAACACGAAGUCAGCAAGCGCUGGGCCUUUGAAGAAGGGAUUAAGAGACCGUACUUCCACGUCAAAGCCUUGGAGAAGACUCAACUGAACAACUGGAAGGAGUACUUGGAGUUCGAAAUUGAGAAUGGGACUCCGGAGCGUGUGGUGGUUCUCUUCGAAAGAUGCCUCAUCGCCUGCGCUCUCUAUGAGGAGUUUUGGAUCAAGUAUGCAAAAUAUCUAGAGGGAUACAGCACUGAGGGUGUGAGACAUGUCUACAAGAAGGCGUGUACCGUCCAUCUGCCCAAGAAACCAGCCAUCCACCUGCUGUGGGCAGCCUUUGAGGAGCAGCAGGGCAGCAUAGAGGAGGCUCAGAGCAUCCUGAAGUCCCUGGAGGCAUCGAUCCCAGGUCUCGCCAUGGUGCGCCUUCGGAGGGUCAGCCUGGAGCGUCGCCACGGAAACUUGGAGGAAGCUGAGGCGCUGUUGAGGGAGGCGAUGGAGUCUGCGAAGAAUGCUACUGAGACAUCGUUCUAUGCUGUGAAGCUGGCCAGGCAGCUGAUGAAGGUGCAGAGGAGUCUGGGCAAGGCGAGGAAGGUGCUUCUGGAUGCUAUUGAAAAAGACCAGACUAGUCCAAAACUGUAUCUAAACCUGCUUGAGCUGGAAUACAAUCGAGAUGUGACCCAGAAUGAGGCAGAGAUCUUGGCUUGUUUUGACCGAGCCCUGAAUAGCCCAAUGCCUCUUGAAUCACGACUCCUCUUUGCCCAGCGCAAAGUCGAGUUUCUUGAAGACUUUGGCAGCGAUAUUAAUGCCCUUGUUGCUGCCUAUGAAGAACAACAGAAACUACAAAAAGAAAAUGAAUCGACAAAGAGGAAGGCCGAGAACGGGUAUGACAGCUCUCAGGAACCUGAUGCUAAGAGGCAGCGUGUGGAUGACGGCUCUGGUGCUGUAGCAAACAUGACUGACAUGCAGGCAAAUGCCUCUGCCUACAACUAUAACUGGUACCAGCAACAGUACGGUGGUUGGGGACAAAACUCCUGGGGGCAAUACAACCAGUAUGCCCAGUAUAACCAGUACUACCCCCCUCCUUCUACAUGAUGGACAACAUAGUGGCCUGACCAUCCAUUUGACCUUCUUACAUCUUGGGACGGGGCUUCUUACCAAGACGUCAUGGAGAUUUCAAAAAGCUUUGUUCUUUUGUUUUAUUUCUUCCCCUUUUCUCUGGUUCACAGUGUGCUAAUCAACUUUACCACAUAUUGUAGCUCUUGAUAGAAGUAUAUUUGGCCCUCUUUAGCAGUUAUCAGUUCUUUAAUUGCUACAGUCAUUCUCUCCAGCACUGGCUUCUUUUUGGGGUUCUUGAAUGCAUGUUAUUUGUUAAGGCAGAUUUAUUUUUUCCCUGUGUGACAAAGGCUUUUUCUUUUUGAAAUUUCUAGGCCAGAUGACUUAGUUUGCUCUCUGUCUUUGUGUUAAAGAACUUGUAAGGGGAAGCUUUCAUUAAUGUAUCUGUCAUCAUUCUUCCCCCCCCCAAUCACAAAGAUUUGUAAUAACUCAUGGUUAUGUUUCCCUAAAGAGCAACAAAGAGUUCCUUGUUUUUUAUUUUGACUUGAUUUCAUAAUAAAGAGAUUGAUAUCCUUAAA